AUGUGGCUCAACUCCCUAGCUUGCAUCGCCAUACUAUCUGGCCCAGUCGCUGCCCUCACGCAAAUAACUGAUGAUGAGAUGAACUAUCUCCUCGACUCCGAUGGGCUCGACCUCGCUAAUCUCUAUGCUCCCAUAUGGUUCUUCGGUCAAGCGAUGGACCAGCCCCCUUGCUAUCCAACAUGGGCAUUUGGUGGAUCACCAACCACACCCGAUAUCUAUAACAACGUCUCCAAGACACCAGCAGCACCACAAUGCGAGUAUCCCAAUGUUGGAUGUCAUUGUCGCAAUCCCGGUGUAGAUAUUGGGAACCCAGGGCCUCCAUUUCCAAUCUACUACACUUUUCACCAAUGCAACGACACAGAAAUCCGUGUGGUCUACAAUCUCUUCUAUGAGAAGGAUGGUGCAAAAGCCGGGUUUAUCGAGACAGGCCAUAAUUAUGACUGGGAACGCGUGAUCAUCAUUCAUUCGCGUGACGACAAUGAUAUGUGGGCACCUUCGCGUGCACUACUAUCUGCGCAUAGCGGAUAUCAUAAUCUAGCUUGGGGUCAUAUUCACAGUACUUUGAGCACUGAUCAAAUCAAUGCUGGCCAAGCGAAGAGCCCAGAUGGUAUCCGGAAUGAAGAUCAUCCCAAAGUCUAUGUUGCGUGGUCAAAACAUCCUAAUUUUGAUACGCGAGAAACAGGAUUUAACGAUCCCAUCAGUCAGUCGCUAGAUGAUGCUUUUCGCAGCGAUGAUUGGUGGCACUAUGUUGACCCUCAAUAUUAUAUCCUAUCUGACAAUAGCACAGAAGCCGGACAAGCGCUUGGAGCUACGAAUUGGGGAAGUGCCACGAGUAAUCCACCGCUGGUUCAGGCCCAUGUCUGUCAUGCUUCAUAA